AUGUUACAACCAAUAUUUCUUUUUUUUAGUUAUGUGAAGAAUAAUUUGGUGCCCUGUGAGGGGCGGAAAUGCACUAGUUUGCGCUGCACAACCUCUUCCGGUCCUCUUUCCAGCUUCCCGUACAACAUGACUAAGAAGAGAAGGAAUAACGGUCGUGCCAAGAAGGGCCGUGGGCACGUGCAGCCCAUCCGCUGCACCAACUGUGCCCGCUGCGUCCCCAAGGACAAGGCCAUCAAAAAGUUUGUCAUCAGGAACAUUGUGGAGGCUGCAGCUGUUAGAGACAUCUCAGAGGCCAGCGUCUUUGACUCAUAUGUUCUACCCAAGCUCUAUGUGAAGCUGCACUACUGUGUCAGCUGUGCCAUCCACAGUAAAGUGGUGAGGAACCGCUCCUGUGAGGCCAGGAAAGACCGCACACCGCCACCCAGGUUCAGGCCCAAUGCUGGUGCCCCAAGAGCUCCUGCAAAGCCCAUGUAAAUGUCAUGCUUUACUCCUGAGGAAUAAAAGUCUUUCACAAAGUC